GCAUUACAUCCAACACCACGCAUUCCAGAGAGAUGGCGUUAGUAUCAUAUUCAGACUCUGAAGGUUCAGAUUCAGGAUCUGCAUCGACUACACAAUUAUUUGAAAAGAAGAAAGCAGCAGGCCCCACUGCACUUUCGAGUUCCCGCGAGUCCUCAAAACCAACUUUUCAACCUCUCACUGAUCGAAGGAAUCCAGGCAAGAUCCUCGUGAGCCUGCCUGAUGCAGAUGAGCAUGCCAGAUGCAAUGCUCAGCAAAAUGGUAGCGACGAUAAUGACGGUGAUGGUCCGGCGAGGAAACGCCCUAGAAUAAGUGCUCAGGGUGGUGGUGGGGGUGCGUUUUCGGGCUUCAAUUCUUUUCUCCCCGCACCGAAGCGGAAGGGACCUGUUAAACCUGGGCUGGAUAAGAGAAGUGAUGGGACGGCGGCACCCCGCAAAGUGUUUAGUUUGAAGACGGGGGCGGAACCGGGGUUCGACAGGCAGGCUGAUGAACAGAUGAAGUGGGAUCUCGAUAAUGGUGGCCUCCCUGGGACGACGGGGGAGGAGACUAAGGCUGGAGUGGCGGAUGGAUAUAGUAUUGGGGUAACUGAACCUGUCAAAGAGAAGGUGGAGGAACCUGCUGUUAAGCCGAAGGGGAAUGCGAUGAUGUUCAAGCCGCUGUCUGUGGCUAGGGGUACGACCAAGAAGAAGAAAGUGAGGACCACGGUGGUACCGCCUCCUCAGACUACGUCGUCAGCCGAUGGAGGGAAGCCAGUGCAUGAGACUAUGACAACAGCUGGGCAGAUGAAAGUCGGAGAUACCAUCUCUAAACCAGCUCCGAAACCUAAGAUUAGCCUCUUUGGACUUGGGAAGGAAGAGGAACAAGCACCGUCCGCUUUACCAUCCUCCUCUGCCCCCUACAUACCUUUAGUAUACAACACAUCCUCCGAACCCCAACACGACACCUCCACCAUUAUACCCUCGGAGUCCUCAAGCCCUCCGCCCUCCGCACGCGUCCCCGAACAGCAGCGUCAACAACCGCAAACCCUCGCCAGCAUCGCCGAUGAUCUGAAUCUUACCGCCGCUCAGAAACGGCAACUGCUGGGCCGCCAGGGCGUCUCUUCAUCUGCUUCCAACGCCGCUGGCGCGACACAAUCGAACCCCAACAUAAUAACAUUCAACACAGAUCAGGAGUACUCCUCCAACAAUGCAUUCCUCCUCACUGCAUCAGAGGUAGAACUAGCUGCCCAACAACAUAAUCCUGUUCGUUCAAUUGCGCCGGGUAAACACAGCUUGCAGCAGCUGGUUAACGCAGUUAGUACUCAGCGUGAGGCACUGGAGGAGAGUUUUGCGGCUGGCAGGAGGAACAAGAGGGAGGCAGGGAACAAGUAUGGAUGGUAAUUGGGAAGGUCUGUUCGUGUACAAUCGGGAACCAGAUGGGCAACUUGGAGUGUGUAAGGUGGAAAGCGUUGGAACCUUUUUGCCUUCCUGAUAAUGCCUUACAAGCACUCAUUUUUUUACAUUUAUACCCGGUAUUUUACUCUCAUAGUCAUGGUUUGGUUGAUGGGAAAUGGAAUAUUUAAAGUUGGCUCACAUACGGUUAUAUUUCGGGCGUCGCAUCGUUUGGGUUUGAUUUUCAUAUGCUGCAAUGGGAAUGGUUUCAUAGAAUCGAUAAAAGUGCACAUUAGUGGUUUCCGUCAAUUUUCUACUUUCGCUGGAGAGUUUUCAGAUCAAAUCAAGAUCAUUGAGCAACUUGGGCUGUUCCGUUAGUUGACUCUUAUAGUUUUAAUAUUCUUCCAUAACUACCUCGUAUGACGAAGUACUGUACAAUGAGUUGUUUAGAUGAAAUAAAAAUUUGAAAUCCCCUUGAAAGGAUACGGAAAUUGCGCGAUAGAUUACAGAAGAGAAAAUCUAAAUAAAUGGCUUUUAGAAGGUAGCUAAAGGAAAUGGCCUAUUUUAAGUAUGCACAAGAGGUAUAUCUACAAAUCCAACAGAACAUAUACAU